ACACUUGGAGUAGUGUUUUCCCAGAAUAUGUCCUGGGAUAGCCAUAUUGAACAUUUAAAUAAAAAAUUGUCAAGAACUGUGGGUAUUAUAUGUCGGCAUCGGUAUUUACUUCCUACAUCUGUUAAAAUAUUAUUAUACAAAUCAUUAUUUUAUUCCCAUUUAAAUUAUUGUUCGUUAGUUUGGGGUACUACCACUGCAACUAAUCUUGAGAAGGUGCACCUGCUUCAAAAAAGAAUGUUGCGAGUAAUUGCAGAAAUGUUAGCAUACCGAAUCCCAAAGCUUCUAAAUGUAUUGCAUUCUAAAGGUGUCUUUAUAGAUAGAUUAAGCCUGGGUGGAUUGCGAUCUGUCAUGCAUGAUUUUGCAUAUUGCCGCGCGCAGGCAGACGCGCUAGAUUACGCGAAAGUCAAGCUUGCACUCAUGCAAAGAUUCAGGUACACUAAAGAAGGCUACAGGGAAAGGUUUCGCGAAGCUAAACCGGAAAACGGAGAAACGAGGAGGCAGUUCGCCGCCCGGCUUGCAGGGUAUUUCGACAGGUGGAUCGAGGUCGCUGGAGUGGAGCGGACAUUCGAGGCCCUCCGAGACAGCGUAUUAGUGGAGCAGUUCUUACUCAGUUGCUCUGGCCGGUUGUCGGUAUUUCUACGUGAACGAGACUGCAAAACCUUAGAUGAGGUAGCAUCCAAAGCAGAUCUAUAUCUAGAGGCCCAGUUGCAAACAGGGGCGAGCAGGCCGAAGAUGGAGGACUGCACCAAGAAGUCGAGUGCUGGAGAGACAGACAAAGCGACGAGCGGUGCAAGCAGAAAAACCAUCCGAUGCUUCCUCUGUAAUAAGGUCGGCCACAAGGCAGAAAAUUGCAAGAACCGCCCGCCUACGUUCAAAAAGCUGACGUGCUGGAAUUGUGGAAGACCCGGGCAUCGAGCCGAGAAUUGUGGGACGAGACAAAACGAUCGAUCUCAAGCGUCCUGCGUAUUAGCUGAGCAAAGCGACGGCAGUGCGGCCGAGUUUGAUGAAGCCUAUGUCACGCUUCAGAACGGCGCCAAGAUCCCAGUGAUCAACGCGGCCGUAGGACGAGCUCCAAAGUUUCUAGUGGAAAACAUGCCGGUAGUGGAGGGACGGCUAGGUGACCGCAAAAUAACGGUUUUGAGGGACACCGGUUGUAAUACGGUCGUUGUACGAAAGGAGAUGGUUCAACCUGAGGAAUUUACCGGGCAGUCCAGUCCAGUCUAUCUGUUGGAUAGGACCGUGAGGUAUGUGCCGGAAGCGGAGAUCAGGGUGAGGACACCAUACUUCACCGGAAGGGUAAGGGCGAAGUGUGUUAGUAACCCGCUGUACGAUCUUGUGCUCGGUAACGUGCCGAUGGUGCGAGGCGUUAAUGAUCCGGACCCGAAGUGGAACGAAAUGGAGGAGGCGAGUCCAGCUGGAAAAUUGGACAGGCAGACGUCCAUAAAACAAAACCAGGAGACAAGCCAAGAAAAAAGUGCAGAACGAGCUGGCAAGGGCUCUUCCGAAUCAUUGCCGGAGAACUCCCCAAGCUCGGGACAACGCGAGGACGAGCCCAUGCUCAUCGCGAACGCGACAGAGACAGGAAAGGACAAAGAUCAAUCCAAAGAGCCGCGAGCCGAACUGAGGGUGCCGCAGGUUUCGCCACUGGAAGCGACAGCCGAAGAGAUGCUCAAGGAGCAAGAAAACGACAAGAGCCUCGAGAAAUGUUUCCACAACAUCGGUAAGACCUUUCCUAAGCACGGAGGAAGAACUAAGCGAAAGUUCUUUAUAAAGAACAAGUUGUUGUAUAGGAGUGUCAUCUACAGCUCCGGAAGAAAAACGGAUCAGCUGGUGCUUCCCGAGAAGUUCAGACGAACCGUGGUAGCCCUGGCCCACGAUAGCAUAAUGUCGGGUCACCAGGGGAUAAACAACACGAUAGGGCUGGUCGCAGAAGAAUUUUUCUGGCCCGGAAUGCAGAGUGAGAUACGAAGAUACGUGCGAUCUUGCGACGUUUGCCAGCGCACCGUGCCUAAAGGAAGAGUGGGUAAGGCACCCUUGGGGACCAUGCCAACCAUAGCGACGCCCUUCCAAAAAAUUGCCAUAGACAUCAUUGGCCCCAUUACGCCGAAGUCGGAUUCGGGAAAGAGAUACAUCCUGACCAUGGUGGACGUAGCCACUCGCUACCCGGACGCGGUAGCUUUGCAAAGCACUGGUACCCCAGAGGUGGCGGAGGCGUUGAUGGACAUGUUCGCCAGAUAUGGCGUACCGGAAGAGAUCCUCAGUGAUCGAGGAUCAAAUUUUACAUCGGACCUUAUGAAGGAGGUGGGCCGACUGUUGUCAAUGAGACACCUCCUAACGACCCCCUACCAUCCUAUGUGCAACGGCCUUGUGGAGAGGUUCAAUGGCACAUUAAAACAAAUGCUCAGACGAAUGUGCCAGGAGAGACCUAAAGACUGGGACCGGUACUUGCCCGCUCUGCUUUUUGCGUACCGAGAAGUACCCCAGUCCAGCUUAAAAUUCUCUCCAUUCGAACUCUUGUAUGGGAGAAGAGUACGAGGACCGUUAGCCAUCCUAAGAGAAGUCUGGUCCAACGAAGCAAUGAAGAAAGAAACAAAGAGUUCGUAUGGGUACGUUUUAGAGUUGAGGGAGAAGCUCGAAGAAACAUGUGAGCUGGCCCAUCGAUGUCUGGAGGUAGCGAAAGAAAAAUAUAAGGGAAAUUACGACCAUAAGCGGGUCAAACGUGAAAUGAAGGCUGGAGAUAGGGCGCUAAUACUUCUUCCAAGUGAUAACAACAAGAUGCUUAUGCAAUGGAAGGGCUUGUUUGAGGUCACGGCCCGAAAAAACGAAGUAGAUUAUGAGCUUGAGAUUGGAGGAAGAAGCAAAAUAUUCCACGUGAACAUGCUUAAGAAGUACGAGGAGCGGGAAGGGAGCGAACAAGUCGGCUUACGCUGUGGGGUGGCCGUAAAAGUCGACGAGGAUAGCGACAUCAUCACCGAAGCAGGUGAGGACGAAGUUCCAAUGCUCUCCCUGACAAAACAGCAAGACAAACGAGACGUGGUAGUCCAUACCGAUUUAAACAGAGAGAAAAGACAACAAGUGUUUGACUUGAUCAGCGAAUACGAAGAGAUCUUUUCAGAUCUACCGGGAAGGACGAACUUGAUGACGUGCGACCUCCAGUUGACCACCCAAACGCCGGUACACAUCAAACAGUAUCCGCUACCAUUGAAAGUACAUAAGCUAGUGGAGGAAGAGAUCACCGCGAUGCUGAAGAUGGGGGUUAUCGAAAGAUCGACGUCACCGUAUAAUGCUCCUAUGGUAAUGACAGACCACCAGCCGCUUGAGUUCAUCAACAAGGCUAAACACAACAACAGUCGCAUCAUGAGGUGGAGUUUGAAGCUGCAGGACUACAGCUUCCACAUAGAGUACAUAAAAGGAAAAGAUAACGUCGGUGCCGAUUACUUGAGCCGGAUAUAA